UAAUUCAAAUUGUUCAGUGUGUGGAUGAAGAUGAUCUCCCAAAUCAUUUUCAGUGAUAACGUGUAAGGCAAGUUAUUGCCAUGUUUUAAAAGAGUUUUCAUCCAAUUUAUCUAACAUUGGUGUUGUAAAACUAGAAUUGGUUGUAGUGUUUGAUUGAUGAGGAAUAAGAGCACCAGCCAUGGAUUCUCAACUUGAAGCUUUGACACUAUGAAGAGAUUCUAGUACGAGAUGCGUGAAUUGAAGAGGGACGAGAUUUGUGAAUUGAAACUAAACUGAAUUCAUAUAUGAGAUUAUUAUAGUGUUGUAGUGAUGUCAGCUUAGCUUUCUUAUUAUAUAUAAAAAUGCGUAGCUGUUAAUCUGUUACGAACUACUAGCUACAGCGGUAACGAAUUCUUCUUGAUUUUGAUCUUGAAUUCUUAAUCCCUUUCUUUAUUUAAUUAUUUAUAUACUUUCUCUCCUGCUUGUUUAAAUUUUUUUGUAAUAUAGUUUCUGCAUUAUUGAAGAUAUGUUAUCUUCUUUUACAUUUAUUAUUUUUUUAUAUUACUUUUGCUAUCAGACAUUGAGACGUUUGGCUCAAAACAGAGAGGCCGCAAGAAAAAUCCGUCUAAGGAAAAAGGUCAGGCUCAAGAGGUACAUGAAAAUGAGGGGUGCUGAUGGGGGAACUUUAGACAUGCUGUGUGCUCUGCCAGCAUUUUGGGCUGCUCGUGCAUUGGCUAAUUUAGCUGCUCAUGGAGAUAGCAAUAGUAACAAUGCUGCUGUUGGACAAGAAGCAAGUGCUCUUGAGGCACUUGUUCAACUUACACGAUCUCUUCUCUCUCUCUCUCAUGUAAUUAUCAGGCAAGAAGCUGCUGGUGCCCUUUGGAAUUUGUCAUUUGAUGAUAGAAACAGGGAAGCCAUCGCAGCAGCUGGUGGAGUUCAGGCUUUGGUAUGUGUUGUUCCUUGUUUAGCUUAAUACUUUCUGUUAAGAUUGUGGGACUAGAUUGGAGAGGAGGAAAAGAGAGAAUAAUGACUAUAAGCUUUACCUCCAAGAUCAACCACUCCCACCGUCCUUGAAUACUUGUUUCCCAAGUUUGCCAGUAGAUAGUUUAGUGCCACCUAUAUACAUAAAUUAAAAGUUAGAUUCAAAUAAUCUUACCUUUUAUUGAUAAAUUUAAGAAAUAGAAUUUAAUAGAACAUUCUAAUAUAAUAACAGAUAUUUUUUCAUCACAGUAGAUCUUGAGUAAUGCGCAUAUUGGGUGAAUACUAUAGCUACAUAUAAUUGUAUUUUUAAGGACACUCUUGAAGAAUGUGGCAAACUCUCAUGAAGAGUGUGGUAAUAUGCAUACAUUUUUAUUAUGGUAACGAUAAAUAUGGUAUAACACAACACUACUAUCUUCCACUAAAAGGAAGUGAAGUUCACCCGAAUAGACAAAGAAGGGUCCAAUUAAAAAUUCAACAAAAACUUAUAC